CAGCUGAAGAACCUUAUAAGUCAUAUCACACUUCUCUCUAUUCGACUCCUCUCCGCCGACGCCGCCAUGUCCGCUAGUGUUGGAAAUUUAGCUUUAUUACUAAAUAUGGCCUCACCUUGGGCCGUAAUUCCGGACCGGAAGACCCGUCCGGUAGCUGUAGACGUUGUUUUGAACCUUCCGAAGAGGGAUCCUCACACUUACGCUACUUCUCUGGCCAGCAAGAGCUUUGAAUCGGACGGCGAAGCUAGGAGUCAAAGAGUGGUGGCGAGAGGAAAAGCGAAUUCGAAAAUGAAUGGCGUGGAUUUUGAUAGCCAUGAAGAGAACGGGAACGGGAACGGUAACGGAGAGCGGGGAGAAGAGGAGUUCGAUUGGGAGAAGGAGAUGAGAAAGAGAGUAAAGGAGAUUGAGGAGAUGAGAGAGUUAGAGAAGAAGGCAGAGGAGUUGCAAAACAAAGCGGAAGAUAGCGAAAGUGAGGAUAGAGAGGAGACUGAAGAAGAGAAGAAGAUGAGAGUGAGAAAAGAGCUCGAAAAGGUGGCUCAGGAGCAGGCGGAAAGGAGAGCAACAGCUCAGUUGAUGUUUGAGUUAGGACAAAAGGCUUAUGGAAAGGGCAUGUAUGCAAGAGCCAUUGAGUUUCUUGAAGCCGCACUCACAAUCAUCCCAAGGCCCACUUUUUUUGGUGGUGAGAUUCAAAUAUGGUUAGCUAUGGCGUAUGAGGCCAAUAACCGCCAUGCAGAUUGUAUUGCUCUUUACCAGCAAUUGGAAAAGCAGCACCCCAGUCUCAGUAUCCGACGCCAAGCUGCAGAUCUUCGCUAUAUUUUGCAAGCACCUAAGCUCAAGAUAUCCCAGGAAGAGAUGGUUACCAUUCCACUGAUUGGUUCCAGUUAUGACAGCUAUGCAGCAACAUGGACUGACAAAAACAAGGACAAGGGUCAAAGGAGAAGUGGAUCAACAACCAAUCAACUACCAUCAUCAAGAGACUAUUUAGGGGACUUUCUGGUGUGGCGACCUCCAGCUGGACUUGAGAAAAGCCGAGCUUUUUGGGUGGCGUUGACAUUAUGGAUGGUCUUAGUUGGAGCUACCCUCUUUCUACAAUAAUGAAUUGCACAAAACAGACACUAUUGUUAUUGUUGGCUGUGAUGUGUUCAUUCGAUUGUUUAUAUGUUGUCAAAUGCCAGUUUGAUUAUCACUAUUGAAUGUGUAAAGCAUAAAGAAGUGGAUUUUAUUAUUCUUAUGACCCUAUGUUUCGGUAACUUUCUUUUGUAUUCCUCUACAAUGAACCUUUAAUGACAGAAACACGUAUUUGUAUUU